AUGCCAACAUGGCUCUAUCUUGCCCAUAGCUCGCAGUUUAAAAAGCCCGGCGCGUAUCAAUCUUUCGACAUUGCCGGGUUCCCCGUCUUUCUCAUUCGCGGUAAAGACGACAGGAUCCGCGCAUUUCAUAAUGUCUGUCGCCAUCGCGCCUACACUAUUACCAGAAAGGAAACUGGUGCCUCGACUGUUCUUGGUUGUCGGUAUCAUGGCUGGAGCUAUGAUACCACUGGGCGACUUGUGAAGGCUCCUCAGUUUGAUGACGUUCCCGGGUUUGAUAAGUCGAAGAAUAGUCUGUUUGAGGUUCAUACACGAACCACCGACCAAGGGAUGGUUUUCGUGAAUCUAAAGUCUAGUGAGUCCACUGCAUUUGACAGUGAGGUGGCUUCAAGUUUGAGUGGAGUUUCGCGCAUAGCUAGUCUGAAAGCGAAAUCCGCUUGGGUUGCUGGUCAGACUUUGUCGGGGGACUUCAACUGGAAGGUUGGUGGUGAGUAA